AACCCAGCCAAAGCCUAAUCCAAGUGUUCAGCUAUUCCACUCACCUGCGGCCUCCUGAAGUCCUUAUGCGAAGAUUGAAGAACGGAGGUCGAAGAGGAGCCUGGCAGCCUGCGACGAAACGACGAAGACUGAAGACGCUGUGAACUGCGAACACCAGCCGACCAGCAGCCACCAUCCGCGGCGCCGGACGCCGUCUCCAACUCGACCUUCCUUUCUCUCCGGCUCUCCGCUCUGCCUGUAGCUCCUGAGCUCCAGCCUCUAGGUGACCAGGGUUUGGAUUAGUUUUGCCUAUUGGGGAAGAGAUGGCUCCAUUUCAAAAUAGAAAAAGGAAGUUGUCUGUGAAGCCGACCAUUCAGAAGAAGCAACAUAAUGUUGAUCAUAUAACAGGAGAAAAGAUUCCCAAGAGCUUUGUUUUUUCGAGGGGGAAGUUACCGGCUUCUCUUAGACAGCUGCAAAUGGACUUGAGAAAAUUGAUGCUUCCCUAUACAGCUCUCAAGCUUAGGGAAAAGAGGCGUAAUAAUCUCAAAGAUUUCCUAAAUGUUGCAGGACCUAUGGGCGUUACACAUUUUCUCAUGUUGUCAAAAACCAAAACUUCUCCUUACUUACGUGUUGCUAGGUCUCCACAGGGACCAACUCUUACAUUUAAAAUACUCGAGUAUUCAUUGGCUGCUGAUGUUGCCAAAUCUCAAUUGCGCCCAAGGUGUCCUCCGGAUCUCUUUAAAAACCCUCCCUUGAUUGUGCUCUCUGGUUUUGGGACCGGAGAACAACAUCUGAAGCUCACAACUAUAAUGUUUCAGAAUAUCUUCCCAGCCAUUGAUAUUAACACUGUCAAGCUUUCUUCUUGCCAAAGGAUUGUGCUUCUUAAUUAUGACAAGGAGAAGAAACUUAUUGACUUUAGGCAUUACUCAAUCAGACUGCAGCCGGUUGGUGUUUCACGUAGGAUAAGAAAAUUUGUGCAAAGCCAUCAAGUACCCAAUCUAAGCAAUCUUCAAGAUAUGAGCGACUUCGUUACCAAGGCUGGUUAUGGAUCAGAAAGUGAAGCCGAUGAUGAGGCAGCUAUGGUAAAUUUACCAACCGAUCUUGGUAGAUUAAACAGAGCCUCUACAAAAAGUGCUGUCAAACUUCAAGAAAUUGGACCCAGGAUGACUCUCCAAUUAGUCAAGAUCGAGGAAGGACUAUGUUCUGGUGGUGUCAUAUUUAAUGAAUUUGGAAAUAGUGCUGCUGAGAAGCAAGAUGGAAGCAAAGCUGAACCCAAACAAGAAAGUGGAGAUGAGGAAGAGGAAGAAGUAGAUGAAGAGGAAGAGGACGAACAAGAAAUUGAGGAAGAUUGAGAAUAGCUUGUUUGCAAAUCAGCAUCAAUGCCUUCAAAUGUUUUGAUUAGUUUCUGUAGCUCAACUAUGUUCUUAGUUCAAAUUAUGUCAAUUUUUGUGUCCUAAAUUUGUUAAACCACAAGAAUGAAAAUUUGCAUGACUUUUCUUCGAAGCCGGAACAUGGUU